AUGAAAACAAGACAUUUUGAUAUAGUUUUAGCUUAGACUUUAAAAAAAUAGGGUAUAGGUUAUAAGAACAGUUUACCAUGGAGACUACCUAAUGAGCUUAAAAACUUUAAAAAAAUAACUACAGAAACUAAGAACAAAGGCCUAUAAAACGCUGUUAUCAUGGGUAAAAAUACUUGGGAAGCACUACCUAAAAAGCAAUAACCAUUGAAAGAUCGCUUAAAUAUUGUUAUUUCCACUACUAUGCAAGAGGGGUAAAUUGCAGAUCAUUCCUACGCCUGUAAAAGCUUAGAUUCUGCUUUAAACUUUUUAGAAUAGUAAAAUUAAAUAUAAGAUGCCCUUGUAAUUGGAGGAGCUAAACUUUGCCAAUAAGCAUUAAGCGAUCAGAGACUUAGAUAGAUUCAUCUAACAAGAGUAGGUGUCGAAGUUGAGUGCGAUGUUUUUAUGCAAAAGGACUACUUAAAAAACUUUGAUAUGAUUGAGGUGUCUGAAACUUAAAGCGAAAAUAAUUUAAAUUAUGAUUUUACUAGGUAUUUUAAUAAGAAUUAUAAAGGAUAAGUUGACCCUUCUCUCUUUAAGAAAAUGUACAAGCCUCAUCAAGAAUAUUAAUACUUAGAACUUAUCGAUGAAAUUAUAAAGAAUGGACAUGUUAAAACAGACAGAACUGGAACUGGUACAAUUUCUCAGUUUGGCAAGUUGAUGAGAUUUGACUUAUCAAAGAGUUUUCCUCUGCUUACUACCAAAAAUGUUUUUUGGAGAGGUGUAGUAGAAGAACUUAUUUGGUUUAUCAAAGGCAGUACAAACAGCAAAAUACUUUCAGAAAAAGGAGUUAAAAUAUGGGACGGUAAUGGCAGCAGAGAAUUUUUAGAUUAAUUAGGCUUUAAAAACAGAGAAGAAGGAGAUUUAGGUCCUGUUUAUGGUUUCUAAUGGAGACACUUCGGUGCUGAAUAUAAAGAUAUGCAUACAAAUUAUAAAGGUAAAGGUGUCGACCAGCUUCAAGAUUUAAUUAACACAAUAAAGAAAAAUCCUGACAGCAGAAGGAUGAUUAUGAAUGCCUGGAAUGUUAAAGAUCUACCAUUGAUGGCUUUACCUCCUUGUCAUGUCAUGAGCUAGUUUUAUGUAAAUGAUAAUAAACUAAGCUGUAUGAUGUACUAAAGAUCUUGUGAUAUGGGUUUAGGAAUACCAUUUAAUAUAGCCAGUUAUGCUUUAUUGACUCAUAUGAUAGCUUAAGUCACUAAUAUGUAAGUUGGAGAGUUUAUACAUGUUCUAGGUGAUGCUCAUGUUUACUCUAAUCACGUAGAUUAACUAAAAAUUUAAUUAGAAAGAGCUCCAUACCCCUUCCCUCUUUUAAAAAUUAAUAACAACAAGUAAUAUAACUCUAUUGAAGACUUCACUCUUGAAGAUUUCGAAUUAAUUGGAUACAACUAUCACCCUAAAAUAUAAAUGAAAAUGGCUGUCUGA